GGAACCUGUCGGGGUAGAUUCUUUUUCCGACCCGUAAUCGGUUUUACGCUUUAGUUGUGCGAAGGAACUGCAGAAAUACGGACUAGCGUUGUUAAGUCAAGUUAAAAAGUGUGAGUUGCCAAUAAAUGACCGUCAUCACUGCUCAAGGACCAUCUACCGCUAAUGUCCUUACACAAGCAGCAGGAACCACGAACGGUGCAAAGUUCGUUCUACUACUAUGGAAGAACUUCCUGCUCCAUUGGCGGAGCAAGAUCUCUUCUAUGGUAGAGAUAUUUAUUCCGCCAUUCUUCAUGCUUCUUCUGGUAGGCCUCCGAAGCCUAACAGAAGUAAAGAUCAAUUCUUAUGAAUCGAUAUACGAUCCGUUGGAUGUAACCAACUUUACUGGAAUUAGAAAUAACCUAGUGGUUCCCUUUGCACCUGUGAUAGCUUACACACCGAAUACGACGUUUCUUCAUGAGUUGAUGCAGCCUGUAGCAGAAUGGACCGGACUAAGUUUGGAAACCUUUUCUACAGCUAACGAAAUGCAAUACUUUCUAAUGGCUUCGAAUUCCUUCGUUGGUGUUCAAUUCGACGAUCGUUAUGCGGAACUAACCAAUCUUCCACAAAAACUGAAUUACACGCUGCGUUUUCCCGGUGAGCUCCGAGCACAGUUUGGAAUAACUCACACUUGGCGUACGUUUUCGCGCUUUUCGUCACGACCUGAUGGAGGCGCUCGGUUCUACACGUACGACGAUGGUGGACCUAGUCCUGGCUAUUUCCGCGAGGGAUUCCUUAGCAUUCAGCAUUUUAUUUUCAAAUCGUUUGUGGACAAAGUAAAAGUGUUGAAUGAAGAUGUACCAGAUGUGAUAGUGCAACGAUUUCCAUACCCACCGUUUAUGGACGAUAGCUUUCCAUCCAGUUUGACAACGUUCUUGCCCAUAUCAGUGAUGCUGGCAUUUAUCUAUCCGUGUAUCAGUAUAGUGAAGUCAAUAAUUUUUGAAAAGGAAAAACAAAUUAAAGAAGCUAUGAAAAUAAUGGGACUAAGUAACUGGAUUCUGUGGUGCUCAUGGUUUGUGAAGUGUUUAUUUUUUAUCGUAGUAUCAAUAUCGUUGGUGGUCUUGUUUCUUAAAGUGCCUUGGUACACUACUCCCAACGUUUCCGUACUCACGCACUCAGACUGGGGUGUGAUAUGGCUGUUUUUCUUUAUCUAUGGAAUCGCGAUUAUUACGUUUUCUUUCAUGCUGAGUACACUGUUUUCGAAGGCAAAUUCUGGAGGAGCUGUGGCUGCGAUAAUUUGGUUUUUGGCGUUCGCUCCAUUCGCUGUUAUGGAUCAGGAUUAUGGAAGUCUCACUAAAUCUGACAAAUUAGCGGCAUCGCUUUUAUUGAAUACGGCUAUUGGAUUCGGAUUGCGAUUGAUAGGAGUCUAUGAAGGAACUACCGAAGGAAUGCAGUGGUCAACGUUGUUCCAUGAUAGUGACGUCGAUGAUAUAACUCUCGGCAUGAUUAUGCUAAUGCUGUUGGCCGACGCUGUCAUAUACUUGCUGAUCGCUUUGUAUAUAGAACAAGUAUUUCCUGGAGACUUUGGAUUAGCGCAACCUUGGUAUUUUCCAUUUUCGAAACGGUUCUGGCUGGGAGAAUCUCCGAUGAAAGAAUCAAUAGAAAGCGAACCCAACUCUGUUGACGAAAACAUUGAGGAUGAUCCGAAAGGACGCCCGGUGCGCAUCCGAAUCAAAUCGUUGCGCAAAGUGUACUCCAACAAAAAGGUAGCUGUCGAGGGAUUGACUUUCAAUUUGUUCGAAGGUCACAUCACUGCGUUGUUGGGACACAACGGUGCGGGUAAAACAACCACCAUGUCGAUGCUUACCGGUAUGAAGCGGCCAACGUCAGGAACGGCGGAAAUUUGGGGCUAUGAUAUUCGACAUGAAAUGCAAAGCAUAAGAAAUUCGCUGGGAUAUUGUCCUCAGCACAAUAUUCUAUUCGAUCAGCUCACAGUCCGGGAGCAUUUGUAUUUCUACGGGAGAUUGAAAGGAUUAUCGAAGACACAAGUCGAAUAUGAAAUUGAAAAAUAUAUAAAGUCGUUGGAGCUGGUUGAUAAAACCAAUGUGCAGGCCUCGAGUCUGUCUGGGGGUAUGCAGAGGAAGUUGUGUGUUGGAAUCGCUCUUUGUGCGGGAUCGAAGGUUGUUCUUUGUGACGAGCCAACUUCUGGAAUGGACCCUGCAGCAAGAAGAGCUUUGUGGGAUUUAUUGAUAGCUGAAAAAAGUCGACGCACUUUGAUACUGUCAACACAUUUUAUGGAUGAAGCGGAUAUGCUAGGUGAUAGAAUUGCCAUCAUGGCCGAUGGUAAAUUAAAAGCGGUUGGUUCCUCAUUUUUCUUGAAAAAGAAGUACGGCGUUGGAUAUCGAUUGAUUUGUGUUAAAUCGCCAGAGUGUAACGUAGAUGUAGUAACCGAAUUACUCCGAAAUCAUAUCAUGGAUAUAUCGGUGGAGUCGAAUAUUGGAUCUGAGCUAUCGUACUUGCUUCAUGAAGAACAUUCACAUAGAUUCCAACCAAUGCUGGAAGAACUUGAGAAUAAUUGCGAUGCAUUGAAUAUACUGGAUUUUGGAAUUUCCUUGACAACUUUAGAGGAAGUGUUCAUGAAGGUUGGAUCAGAUUCAACACACAUUAGUGAUGCGGUGAGCAUGUCAAGUCUGUUAACUAGCUCAACUGAUGUAGAAACGAAUUCCAGUGUAGGAGAUUACGAGUUACUCGAGGGAUUCCGACUAUUCCUGUGUCAGAUAAAAGCAUUAUUCUUGAAGAAGAUAUAUCAAACGUAUCGCAACUGGUUCUUGCUGUUGGUGCAAAUUGGCAUUCCCAUCUUGUUUGUAUCAGUUACUAUUGCUGUAGUUCGAGCCUGGGUUGGAUCACGUGAUAUGCCACUUCGAGUACUAUCUAUCAGGACCCACAAUCCAUCGGUAACGCUCGUGCAAGUGGAUCCGCAGGAACAGCGAUCCGGGUUAACAAAAAUAGUAUUGGAAAAUUACUUAAACCAUCUUCGCUGGACGGAAGGCCUGGUUAUAAGUUUGAUAAAGAAAUUCAUUAUUGAAAUAUUUUUACUACUCGCAAAUGAGAACCUCAUUGUGGUGAACCGAUUAUACGUAAUCGGUGCUAGCAUUCUCAAUGACAACUACACGGCAUGGUUUAACAAUGAGGCACUUCAUUCUCCUGCGAUCUCGUUAGCCACUAUGCACAAUGCACUGCUGCGUACUUUUGCAAACUCGACAACAUAUCGGAUUGACGUUGCGAAUCAUCCACUUCCCUUCACGGACGAAACAAGAGUGCAAAUGAGCAGAGCCCACAACAAUCUAGGCUUCCAAUUGGCUUACAACACGGGCUUCGGUAUGGCCUUCGUAUCUGGAUUUUACGUGAUAUUCUACAUUCGCGAACGAGUGACCAAAGCCAAGCUGCUACAGUUCGUCAGCGGAGUUAAUCGUUUUGCAUACUGGUUUACUGGCUUCAUUUGGGACUACUUCACAUAUUCCAUCGUUUGCCUGUUCAUUAUAGCCACUGUUGCCUGUUUCCAGGAGCCAGGGUUCAGCACAGGAGAAGAAGUGUUCCGGUUAUAUGCAAUUCUUUUGGUCAUCGGCCUUCCAGCGCUGCCACUAACCUACAUUACAACACUUUAUUACACAAUACCGUCUUCUGCAUUUAUACGCGUCAGUGUUGCAUUUAUCGUCACUGGAACGGCGCUGUUCAUAUUCGUAUUUUUAUUGGGCACAGACAUGUUCCAGCUAGACGAUCUUGCUGAAACGUUAUCAACGGUGUUCCUUAUAUUCCCACAUUUCACUCUAUGCGACGCCAUCGUUAAUUUAAGUCGCAUGUCGUUAACGAUGAACAUGUGCGAAGCGCCAAGACCUCCAGGGGUAACACCUUUGCCAGUUUGUGGUGAAGAUCUGCAUUAUGUGCAGUGGGAUCGCCCUGGAAUCGGUCGACACUUGUACUACAGCUUAGUAAUGACUGCGGUAUACUUCGGUUUAUUAUUUUUACUAGACUUUGCAGUAUUAAAAGUACUGAUUCAGAAAACGAGAGAGUGGUAUUAUAGAGGACAAUACAAACUGGAGGAAAAUAAUCAUGAGUUGGAUUCAGAUGUUCAAGCAGAAAAAGAGCGAAUGGAAGCGAUGACUGAUGCGCAAAAGAAGGAUACUAAUUUGGUUGCUCAUAACAUGACAAAGUACUACAAUCGUUUCUUAGCCGUUAACAAGCUGAGUGUAGGAAUCAACAGCUAUGAAUGCUUCGGUUUGCUUGGGGCGAAUGGGGCUGGAAAAACUACAACCUUCAAAAUGCUGUCCGGUGAUGAAAGCAUUUCAUUCGGCAACGCCUGGAUCAAAGGCCACAGUCUGAAGACAAAUUUGAAAAAGGUUCACAAGCACAUCGGUUAUUGCCCUCAGUUCGAUGCGCUAAUAGAAGACCUUACCGGGCGGGAAACGUUAAAACUGUUCUCACUGCUACGGGGUGUACCGAAUGAUACGAUCCCUCAGAUAACGCUAUUUCUGGCGAAAGAGUUCGGUUUCGUGAAACAUUUGGAUAAGCAGGUAAAAGCCUACAGUGGAGGAAACAAGCGAAAGUUAAGCACGGCAUUGGCUUUACUCGGAAAUCCAUCGGUUAUUUAUCUGGAUGAGCCAACGUCAGGGAUGGAUCCUGGGGCAAAGAGAAAUUUGUGGAAUGGAGUUUGUCGUGUGCGAGACAGUGGAAAGACUAUCAUUUUAACAUCACACAGCAUGGAGGAAUGUGAGGCACUGUGCACACGACUAGCCAUUAUGGUGAACGGAGAGUUUAAGUGCAUUGGGUCAACGCAACAUUUGAAAAACAAGUUUUCCCAAGGAUUUGUGUUGAUUAUCAAAGCAAAACGAGUUGAAGCAAACCCAAAGGCCAAAGAAGGAUCGGAGUCUCAUGUGACUGAUCUACAGAAGAUUAAGGACUUUGUUACAGUUAACUUUUCCAACACACAGCUAAAGGAGGAGUACCAGGAUUUGCUCACAUACUACAUCCACUCGCAGGAUUUGAAAUGGUCACAAAUAUUUGGUUUGAUGGAGAACUGCAAACGAACACUCAAUGUGGAAGAUUAUUCGAUUGGUCAAACUAGUCUAGAGCAGGUAUUUCUUCUAUUCACAAAGUUUCAAAGAGAGGAAUAGACGACGGGCAAUGUAUUUAGAUAGUGCGAUAUCGAAUAUUGUUAACGUUUUAAAUAGUUUAAUAUUAAGACUUAUUGUUAGGUAUUUAUUUACACGAGCUAGAGAGCACACCGGGAAAGAACGAACGAAGCGUUUAUUAUUAAGCGUUGUCGGAAUAGCUGAAAAUUAGAAGAACAAUUAAUGGUACUCUUUA